GCCGGGACGUCUCUACCUCUCUAACACCACAGGCAUUUUGCUGAAAAACAUUAAUUGUACUUUUAAUUUUCUAGUGAAUAUUGAGCAUCAAUAGGAAGAAUAAUAUUUUCUGUGCUUCAGAAUUUAUUCCGUGCAGCCUCCGGCACCAUGAGUGCGGAGAGGAUUCCAUUCCUGCUGAGACUUCUCGUGUUUGGUGUCCUCGUACAAGUGAGGACGAACCAUGGCCAUGAAACGCCAAGGGUCGCUCUUGACCACCUGGUCUCCAAGAACCAGGCUUCUACAGAGCCGACAGUUAUCUGGAACUGCUACUUCGUGGGCACAGAGUGCGAUCUAGUGAUUACAGGAGAAGCCCGGUGGACUCUGGCCACCUGGACCAACACUACCAACCACAACCAUGACCUGGGGAGCCUAUCAAUAUUGGGAGGAAUGAGUGGGUGGAGCGGGAGGGCUGUCCUGCCUCCACUGGCCGCCCAGGAGCCACCCUGCUGCCUCUCCUUCUGGUAUAUGAUCGAAUCCGCAGACCGUGGAGACAUAUCCAUCCUUCUCACGUGAGUGCCCACUAUAGUGUCUACUCCAUCAGCCACUAUAUAUAUAUAUGUCGUGCCGAAUAUGUAAAACUGGUCAGUUAGCAAGAACUCAUUUAAAAUUAAGUCCUUUCUGAAAUUUUCUCUUAUACGUUUAAAGAUAUGUUUUUUCAUUAAUGUUAAUGUAAAAAAAAUUAAUUUUGCACCAAAAGAAUCUUAGAAAACUUACCUAACCUUAUUAUAACAAGAGCAAUUUAUUUUAGCCUAACCCAACUAAAUAUAUUUUAGAUUUGUUUACAGUAAUUUAAUACUAAACAAACACAGUGAAAUAUAUUUUUUUCGUUAGGUUCAGAAUGAUUUUGGCGAAAUUAUUGCAUA